UGACUCAUAAUAAUCCAGAAAAAAAUGAUUUGGCCAUGGCCAGACUAUUUUGUAGGGCAAGCCGAAUUCUGUAGUUUCAAUAGCCUAUAUAAACCAAGUAGAUAAUACUUGGAUAAUGACUAGCCUACUAUAGGCUGGAAUAGUGGAUAGGAAUAGUGCUCACAAUUAGCCUCAUUUGAUUUUACAUGAAACAGAGAAGAGGCAUAAGAAUCUAUUUUACAUACUAUUCAAUAUCAGGCUACUGAUUUUUCCUCCUGCAUGCAUAUAACCUUUGUGAAAAAGCUAAUGUUGUCUUAUCCUACAUCAAGGCUAACUGUUUAGUUGGUUAUCAUAUUUUUACUAAGCCUAACUUGCCAAAGCAGGGAACACUGUUUACUUUCUGCAUCGGGGGCGGGUUCUAUGCGUCCUCUCUCUAGCCUGCGCGUUCAGCUUUCGCCUCUACGUCACCUGACCACGCGCUUGCAUGCAAAUCACGCCUUUCCUGGCGCGCCAUUGGCCACCUUCACCUCAUUUAGUCGCUGUCAAAGCGCAUCGUAUGGGUAUGCUCUAUUAACUUUACUACUACAGCCACAGAAAGUAUAGCUCAAAGAGACUUUUCAUCGAACUGGAAGUGGAAAAACAAGCGAGGAGAAAAAUAGUGCCAAAGACGCUGUGGAAGUUUAUCGAAGUAGCCUAUCUUUGUCACUCUGGAUUGUAACUACGUUUUUACCGUGCUCUUUUUUCCCUGGGAGGUUUGCUGUGCGCAACUGUGCCAGCCGAGCCGGACCGAGGUGCCGUGACUGAAUGUUUCUGUGUAUUUGUUGAAAAGUUAACGCCGGGUGAAUGUAUAGCAUGAUGAUGGAGACUGACCUGCACUCCCCAGUGCCCCAAACGAACACAAAUUCGGGGCACACGGGAUCAAGCAAUGGUAACAAAGUCAAUCAAGACCGUGUGAAGAGACCGAUGAACGCAUUCAUGGUUUGGUCUCGGGGCCAGCGACGUAAGAUGGCACAAGAGAACCCCAAAAUGCACAACUCUGAGAUCAGCAAGAGGCUGGGCGCUGAGUGGAAAGUGAUGUCCGAGGCAGAAAAGAGACCCUUUAUCGACGAGGCAAAGCGCCUGCGAGCCAUGCACAUGAAGGAGCAUCCGGAUUAUAAGUACCGACCGAGAAGGAAGACCAAGACGCUGCUGAAAAAGGACAAGUACUCUUUGGCUGGUGGGCUGCUUACAGGGGCAGGUAAUGGUGCCGGUGUCGGCCUAGGGGUCGGGAUGAGUCCGGGGGUUGGACAAAGGUUGGAAAGCCCCGGGGGUCACGGUGGCGGAGCAGCCGCCAGCUACGCACACAUGAACGGCUGGGCGAACGGUGCAUACUCGGGCCAGGUGGCUGCCGCAGCAGCGGCCGCGGCGAUGAUGCAGGAAGCUCAACUAGCCUACAGCCAGCACCCGGGGAGCGGGGCGCACCACCACCACUCACACCACCAUCACCCGCACAAUCCCCAGCCCAUGCACCGCUACGACAUGACCGCUCUCCAGUACAGCCCCAUAUCGAACUCUCAGAGUUACAUGAGCGCCUCUCCGUCCGGCUACGGCGGGAUAACCUACACACAGCACCAGAGUUCUGGCGUCUCCUCGUCUGGAUCAAUCGGUACACUGGGGUCGCUGGUAAAAUCAGAACCGAGUUACGAAAAGAAAAGGACGACGAUGUGGUAGUCGCGAUGAGAGGGGAGCAGGACAGGUUCGCGAGCACACACCUGUUGAGUUGUGACCGAUCUGGCGCGAGAGGAACUUUAUCUCGUUCGAAUCAUGUGCUGACUUUAUUUCCGAACGGGCUCGCAUUCAAUCCUUUAUCUGCUUGAAAAGACAGAAGAUACUCAAGCAUAGGAACGAAUGCCAGAUUAUAUUACCUUUACUGCAUUUAACUUGUCUUGUUGAAUUCGUUUUAUGUCAAAAUUUACUUUUGAUCGUUUCUGGAUUGUUCCAUAAGUCCUUUGUAGCAUAAAUCUCCCCUUGCGUUUAUGUGAAAAAGAAUGUUCUAAACCUGUUUUAAGCAUCCAUUUUUGUUAUGUGUUGAUAAAAAUAGGAUUUUAGAAUUUUUCUUUCAGAUAACUCUAUUUUCAAUUAGCCCCCUUGAAGUUUUAUUUCCUCGAGUUAAUAUGAUACCCCAGGCUAUUUGUAAAUGAAAAGUAAAAUGUGUCAUUCCAUAGGCCUGUAUUUGAUUUGAAGAUAAAUAACAAUCUCAAAUAGCAUAUGAUAUUACUGAAUGAGAUUUACUACAUGCAAACUCGUUCAUAUUUGAUUUGUCUGAAAUGACCUGUUUUCAAGAAGGGAAAUAAAUAUACUCUGACAAUAAUAUUUCAUUUUUAAUUUGAUCGUUGACAUGUUAGGACUAUUGCAGCCAACGUGUUUAGGGAUUAUUUAGUCUGCCAUUUUAAUAAAACUAGACACGGUGUGUGAUCCGUUUGAUACGAUGAUGAGCACAGUGUGGGCAGGUUAGAUAGAAAGUUUACUUUUCAGGAAUGCUUAUUUCAGACCUGCUGCUGGCAUUUGCUAAGAUGACCUCUCCUUCCUAUUUGAUGUAGAUGACCAUAGCACGAUGUUCAUUUAAUUGACAGAGGAGUGUAUUAUUGCAUUGCCAAGGCUCCCUUCCACGAACGCCAGGGUCGUGCCCCCCUAAGCUUGAUCCUAAACUAAGGCAAAUUCAAUGAAAAGUAAAUGAUGCUCAUACAAUGAAAUUCGUGGUAUUCAUCAGUCAAUGAAUUAACUCCAGAUUCCCAUGCAGGUCUAUAAAAUAUUCUAUGGAGUUCGUGGUGACAACCGUGAAGGCUUGUGUUAGUCCAUCAAUUGAAUGAUCAUUUUUAUAACCUCUUUUGAUAAGGCUAUGCUGUUUGCUUUUAUGCUUUGAACAUGUGAUGGCUACAUCAGUUGGAUACGCCUUCUAGGAGCGUCUGUGGUUGCUUUCAUGGGUGCAUGGGAUUUAGGCUGAAUGAGUGUAGUUGUGAAGAGUGUUUUGUGCUGUCCAGAAAAGGAUUAGGAGGGUCUGCAGGACUAACCCAGGGGUCAGCGACAAGUAAAGUAUUCCACGAUCUGGCACCGGAACCAUGACACCACUCCUCAGAACAGCGGCAAGACACAAGUAAUAUUUCAUUGAACCAAGCAUGAUUGGAGACACGUGUGAAUUUGUAAAUGCAUGCUAUAUUUCCCGUUGUUCAGGGAUUGUCUGAAUUUGACUCCCCUAAAAUCUGCGACCAUGCAUGCAUAGCAUUGAAGUAGGCCAAUA